CCGCGUUAUCGACCUUCUUCUUAUCUUUACAAGAACUACUCCACCGCCCGAUAAACAAGGAGCAAAAGCGUGCGCCCGCGCCGUUUCGCCUCAUUCCAUUCCGCUUGGAGCGUUGCGAUUAGUUCGUUCGCGUCUUUAUCGUACGGUUUCGUUCAGUUGCUCACUCGUCGCCGUCGCGAUACCACGACACUCACGCGUUCGUCUCGCGAUUAUGAAAAAGCAAGGCACCGCCAACAAAUAAACCAUCAACAUGAAGCCCAAUCGGUUAUAACGUUUCGUUUACAAAACCAUUUAAUUUAAUCGAAUAUAUUUAUAAUUAUUGUGAUAUUUAGUUAGUUCUCCGUAUUUUUAAUAUUUAUAUUCGUUACGAUGAAUUCAUUUUACUUUAUUUAAUAUUAUUAUUUUUAAUAUAUAAAGUAAAUUCAGUGCUCAAGUUAAUCUCAUUCCAAAUCGCGCAAUAAUUAACUAGAAGUCUUUGCUACAAGAAUUGCGAUGACAGCCAAAACCCGCUCACAUUGGAAGGAAUAUGGAACAGCACUUUGUGCUACACUCAUCACCGCAACCGCGGGUACCUGCUACGGGUGGCCAUCUCCCACACUACCCUAUCUCCAGUCACCGGAGAGCAAAAUCCCUACUUCACCUGAUCAGGGAUCAUGGAUAGUCUCAAUAAUGAUCCUGUGCUCCGCGCUGACGCCUGUUCCCGCUGCUUAUUUUGCCGACCGGUUUGGUAGAAAGACCACCUUACUCCUCGGAGCUGUACCAUUCAUCAUCGGCUGGGUGCUAGUCAUCGUAGCCAACUCUGUGUCCCUCCUUUACGUGGCACGGAUGUUCUCAGGACUGGGCUACGGGAUAGUCUACACAGUUGCUCCCAUGUACACAGGAGAAAUCGCUACCAAUCAAGUGCGAGGGGCCCUCUCUACUCUUAUCACCUUGAUGAACAAAGUCGGAAUUCUUGCCCAAUACUGCAUCGGCCCGUUCGUGUCUAUGCAAACCCUUGCCGCCAUCAACUUGAUCCUGCCUGUCUCAUUUGUCAUCUCGUUCAUUUUUCUACCAGAAUCUCCUUAUUACUAUUUAAAAUUUGAGCGGAGUGCGAGAGCAGAAAGCGCCCUGAUGUGUCUACGUAGUGGUGAUAUUAGAACAGAACUCAAGAGUAUAGAACUCAACGUUCAAGAAGACAUGAAGAACCGGGGUACAUGGGCGGAUCUGGUCACAGAAGCUACCAACAGGAAAGCAAUGUGGAUAACACUUGGCAUUUUCACCAUACAACAGCUGUGUGGCAGUGCUGCAGUUGUGGCGUACGCUCAGGUCAUAUUCAACUGCACGACCAGUCCAGUUGGAACAAAUCUAACAGCUGGGCUAGAGAAUACAACUGUUGCUUCUUCCAGCAUACAACCCUACCAAGAGUCUAUAAUUCUGGGUUGCGUACAAGUGGCCACCUGUGUCCUAUCCGUCAUACUCGUCGACCGCGUUGGAAGGAAACCUCUUCUCUUGCUAUCGGCUCUUGGAGUUGGUCUCAUGAAUGGCACCAUUGGAACUUACUUUUAUUUCGACCACUCCAACGCUGGGUCAGUGGCACACCUGCACUGGUUGCCUCUAGCCGCUCUUCUUGUUUACAUCGUAUGCUAUGCCAUUGGACUGUCAACGGUCCCCUAUGUCAUCAUUGGAGAAAUGUUCCCCACAAAUGUUAAGCUUUACGCGUCAUGUAUCGCCCACAUCUACACUGGAGUCUCCAUGUUUGCUGUUCAAAAACUGUUCCAGGUGGUGAAAGACGCCUAUGAGAUCUACACAGUAUUCUGGGGCUUCGCGACGUUCUCGCUGCUGGGCCUGGUGUUCAUGCUCGUCAUGUUGCCGGAGACGAAGGGCAAGUCGUUCGCGUCCAUCCAGGCGCAGUUGAAGCGGGAGGUGGCACGCGACAACGCUAAGAAACUGGCCACCGUCGAAUACUGAAGGCCAGACACUUUGUCUGCCGGAUUAUUACUUCUCACUAGUUUAGCAUAAGCUUUACUUUAAUUAAGGGAACAAGCAAGUUGGAAUGACAGUUAAGGAUAUUGAUACUUAAAGUUUAAUGUAAUUAUAGCAUAGAAUAGUGUAACAACGUACAGUUUUCUAUAAAGUAUUGUAGACACUACACUAUUACAAGAGUAGCCUGUGUAUGCACAGUAGAGGAAGUAUGGAGGGAGCCAGAAGGGCUGCUCCGGAGAAGGCGGUGAAGUCCUCAGGGUCGUAGUCGGUAGGCAGGGCGCGCGAUUUGAUCACGCUGGCAUACAGCUUGGCUGAGUGUUUCGCCGUCCUCGUCUUGUUCGGACUCUUAAAAUCAACCAGAUAUAGACCGAAGCGGGACCUGCAAAUGCAUUUACAACAGAACUGUGAAAGCGUGAAAUAGAUAUUUCGACUGA